UAACGCGCAUCUGAGGUUAAUCUGUAGGUUUAGGAGAGAAGAUGAAGAUUAUUAUCCUGGCUUUGUCUAUUUGGUCAUGUCAUGCGGUCAGGGAUGCAACAUCCUGUCUUACCCCAUAUGUGCCAAACGCCAAACCUGCACAUGACCCAGAAGCAGUCUAUCCUAAUGCAAGCGUUCUCACGUUUGUAUGUGACAAAGGCUACAAGUUCAACGGAACAGACUCUGCAUUUUGUAUAAAUGCAACUUGGAGGCUGCCAGUGUGUAAAAAAAAAGCUUACACAUGCGAGUCUCCUGCUCGUUUUAUCAAGGGAACCGUUUUAUCAAGGGAACCUACCCAGGACAUUUUUGAGCACAGGACCUUGCUUUGGUAUUUUUGUGGAAAACCAUGGCAGCAGGUUGCGAUAGAAUAUGCAGGUUGUAUGUGUGGUAACUGGACACCUUCACUCGCAUGUGAUACAUUUUUCACCAUCUCAGGUUCACAUAAAUUUGCAGAUAAAGAAGAUGAUGAUGUUGCAGGAUGUUCUGGGAGUGGCAGACCUCCUGCUACAGAAAAACUGUACCCAUGUGAUCUCCCUACUCAUAUUAUCAGUGAAAAUAUCAUACCAUCUGACCAGGGCAGUUUUAAACACAUGACUGAACUUGCUUAUUUUUGUACUGAAAAAUGUGAGCUUGUGGACGGUAUGCGGUUUACGACUUGUUGGAAUGGUACCUGGGACCCUCCCCUUACAUGUGAUAAGAUUUUCACCAUUGCAGGUACAGGACAUCCUGAGAGUAUCAGAUCUACUACAGACAGAAAAUGUCAAACUGAACCCCAUAUAGAAAAUGGACAAACUUUUCAAUUGAAAGGUGGAAUGCGGUUAUCAGCCGGGUGCUCACAGCUUUUCAAACUAGAAGGACCUAGCGAAAUAAUUUGUUUCUACGGGAAGUGGACGAAGGUCCCCGUGUGCAAACCUCCAUGUAAACUGGAUAGGACACUUACAUUGUCUCAUCAGGAAUAUUUAGAGGAGAGUAAAGAGAUGACAUUUUCCUGUCCUGGAGCAAAGAUGAAAAGAACCGUCAAAUGUUUAAAUGGAAAUGCAAUUUAUGGAAAAUGUGACAUACCUACUAGGUAAACAUCUGUACACACACACACACACACACACACACACACA